AUGCCUCUUCGUAUAAAAAGUGUUCCGAUGGGUGAAGCAUCAAUAGAUGGUAUCUUAUGCAGCACAGGUGCUUAUUCAUGUGUUAUCGUUGUUAUUUUAUUAGAAAAUAAACAAGUUUUUAUCAAUCACGUAGAUUCAAAUAGUUUUAAUCUCAAAGAAUAUGAUAUUUCAAUUGAAAUUCAAAGAUUCGUGAGAGAUCCUAUGUUAAAAUUAUAUCAACUCAAUACAAAUGGUUUAUUAAUGGAAAAAAUUUACAUGAUUGGUGGUGUAGAUGACCCUAAUUAUGAAAGAUUUCAUGAUACAUUAAAUCAAAUGAAACAAAAUCAUUCUUUAUUAACACCAAUGUUUAAUGAUUUAACUAUCAAUGAUUUAAGAAAUUUUAUUAAUUUGAUUGAAUAUUCAAACUUAAAGAUAAAUUUAUCAGGAGGAGAUUUAGACGAGAAACGUGGUAGGGUGU